CGAUAUUUUGUUUCCAGCACAAACGUGACACAGAUCCCCCGUGUAAGUCAAAUGCGCAUGUGUGCAGGACCCUGAUGCAAUACAAAGACGGCGAAGAAGAUAAUUUCAUUGUCGAUGAAGGCAAAAAUUGUGAUUGUGACAACUGCUCGGCAACAUGGUCGGAACACGACAGGUAUUCAUUUACCUGGCAGCAUUUCAAACGAUUGGACAUGAUAGUUCAGUACAAAUUGUGUGGUCCUAUAAUGCCUGAAAGGAUUUGCAAUGACGACGAAGUUGCUGCUUUGAUGGAGACUGAGGUUAAUGGCUGGCAUAUCCAUAUGAGAGAGGAGAGAUGCAGAUGCAAGAACAACAUUUUCUACCUCAGAGGUUGGGAGAAACGAAAUAACCUCUGGAUCUAUGAAUAUCGCUGUAAAAAGGUGGUAUGUGCAACCGAUGGAGCUGUAUGUGCUAAAGUCUACGUGAAUAGAGCACUUGGUGAAGCCUUGAAAUACCAGUUCACUUGUCUAUGUCAAAAUAGUCGACAAUGUGUAACUGAAGUUGAUAUCGUCCCAAACAUGUAUACUGAUGAUGACGAACAUGGCGAAUACGUCCCUCGGAUGUGCGACCAAAUCAUUGGAAAAGGUCGGUAGUUUCCGACACUGAUCAUAACAACAAUGAUUUGGCUUCUUUUUUCAUUUUUUUUCCUCUCCUUCAUCUUUUCUUUUCCUGCCACACAUACUUUAUAUGUUAGUCCUCAACGAUGUGAAAACGCACGCUUAAUUAUUCUGAUACAGAAAUAUUCAGUCUGAAAAACGACCUGGUUUCUGUAGUGCUUGAUCCAAUUACAACAACAUAUCUAAAUUUCAAACGAACUUUCUCACAUUUUUCUAUCGUUUUAGUUAAUGUUUCUUAAUGCACUCUAUAUAACAUUUAAUAUUUAGUCUAUAAAUAUCUAUCACUGCAUAGUUUACUUUCAAUAUAUAUUCUUUAACACAAUGUUUGUUUAUUUUUCUCCUAAAAAAUAUAUCAAAUAAUUUUGCUUAACUUCAUAACAAUACUGGAUGCUUUUUUUUUUUAACUGUUAUAAUAUAUGUGUAUGUGCACAUAUGCGUGCGUGCGUGUGUGCGUGCGUAUGCAUACAAAACCUCUUCAUACAUCUAUCGUCUGUUUUUGAUACGAUGCAAUUGUAGUAGUGUUUGAAGAAUUCUUAAUCCUGUUUAGCGGUUCAAUCUUCCUCGUUCAUUCAGUAUUCAAUUCUAUUAUUUUUCUCCUUCUUUCUCUCUUCAUAUCAAUAUAAUCGUGUGUGUGUUUAUACCUGUGUACAACUAUAGCGCAUAAUAGAUCGUGGUGAUAUCAACUAAAGAUGAUAAGUAAAAUUUAGUUUUACCAUUGUCUAUAACUGUUAGUAGUUAGUAUACUAAUCCAAUAAUACGUGUGAAUGUAACCAGAGAUAUAUUUUUAAAAAUAUCUACAAAAAAAUUAAAAUAACAACCAAUAAUCUAUUAUUAAAGUAUAUAUGCGUGCAUGAUUGCGAAUAUAUAUAUAUAUAUAUAUAUGAGAGUGGAUGUGUUUGUAUACGAGUAUACAAGGUAUGUAAGAUAUUUUAAUAGGUGGUAAAUCUGCUAGUAUGCUAUUUCCUAUGCACAUAAUAUAUAUCUAUAUAUCUAUUCGUUUCCGUUUUUAUAUUGAUUCUACUUUAGAAUCUAGAUACCAAACAACAGCAACAAUAGCAAUCAGAAUAUUUAGAUUCAGUGGUAUUUACAACAACAUUCGCUCUAAAAAGAAACAACUUCCGUUCUUCCCAAGCAAAAUUGUUAACUCGGGUGCUGGCGGAGUCUAUAUUGCAACUCCUCGCCAAGCGCCUUGACUAUUAGACCCAAUGUGUAUAUGUGUGUAUAUAUGCAUGUACAUAUAUAUCUAUAUCUAUCUAUAUAUAUAUAUAUAUGUAUAUAUAUAUGUAUGUAUGUAUAUAUAUAUGUAUGUAUGUAUAUAUAUAUGUAUGUAUGUAUAUAUAUAUGUAUGUAUGUAUGUAUAUAUGUAUGUAUGUGUGUAUAAAGAUACGCGUGCGAGUGGCGCGUGUCUGAACGUGGUGUGUGUGAUGCACGUAUGUGUGCAUGAAUGAAUGUAAGCUUAAUAGAACGUUUGUAAUGAAAAGCUACGUCCAUUUGUAGCAUUUCUAAAUUUUGUUCAACAGUUUUUUUGUUAUUGUUUUUUCUCAAUUGUUUGUUUGUUAGUUUAGAAGUUGGUUUUUUGCUGUAAUGUCUUGCGAUAAAGAUAAACUGUUAAUAAAAACGAUUUUAAAAAACCUUU